CUCCCCUAAGUAUAUUUCUCAUUUUGAAUCCACCCAAAAAAUAAAACGAUAGCAAACAACAAAGGUGGAAAAAUUAUGAAAGUCCCAUUUUUAAACAAGAGUUUUUCAUCUUCAUGUUAUUCAAAUUCAAAUUCAUCAUCAUGGGGAUGGCCUUCUUGUCACCAAAACCCUAGAACUCAAUCUUUCAGAAUCACCAUCAGCACAAUCAACCCUUAUGACGCCGAAGAUGAAGAGGAGGAGGAGGAUAAGGAAGAGAAGGAGAAGGAAAAAAGGGAGAAUGAAAAGGAAGAGGAGGAGGAGGAAAAUUCGCUUCCUGGCAUCAUGAUUCCUACAUCAUCAUCCUCCAUCUCAUCCACCAUCGACACCAUAGAAGAGGUGCCGGAGACCGAGUCCAUAGAGAAUGUGAUCAAAGGGAUAAAAUCAUCAGAAAGACUCAUCUUUGAACGUAAAGGAGAAUCAAACUCUAUUCUUGAAGAGAUGAGGAACAAGGAUUCAUGCACUUGUCCUUGGAAUCCAUCCACACUUUCUCUAAUUUCAAGUGGUUCAUGGUGGAGGUGGUUGCGGUACACUCGCUUCGCUACAUCCAAUUGUAUCGUGAAAACUACUGAAUAGAUCAUUGAUAUAUAUACUCGAUAAUUUGUGAUGAGAUAAUAAGUAAACAUGCACUCGACGGUUGUUCUUGGUUAGAACGCGAGUUACGUCUAGAAUGAUUGAUGCGGACCCAAGAGAUCAUCAUCUUAUGUUAUGUGGUCAAUUCUUGAAAUCUUCUUUCUUUCUUUUCCAUGCGUGUGACUCAUGCUGAUAUAGCUACGGUUCAUUUUAUUAAUUUAAUCUAUUUAUUAGUUGUUCCUUUAUCAAAUAAAACAAAAUUUUCUUUUACAGAAGCAAG